AUGCAAAAUUCUGCUCAGUCCUUAGGGGCGUGAAGCGUCUCUGAUGAUGUUCUUUGCUCUGUUGAGGCAGCAGGAGCUGUAGAGGGGUCCCAGUCUUUGGUAUGGCUUGGCCAUGGACACAACCUUCCAGUCUCAGGGCAGACACACUGGGCCAAUAAGCUGGAAUUUUUUGGAAAUUUUAAAAGAUAUAAUGUCAUAUAGGAGGGUAUAGAAAAUGGAUGGAUGGAUGAUUUUGUCUUUGUUUGGUAAAGACUGACUGUUUUCAAGAAAACAUUCCACACAGUGAAUAGCAGGCAGUGGAAACCAAGAUGAGGACUGUUUUUCUGCUUCUCUUGGUUGCAUUUCCAGCCUUGGAUAUCGGCAGUGCUUGCGAGGAAGCUCGAAAAAAGCGGGAUCUCUUGGUUCGAACUAAAAGAAGAUGGGUCUUAUCUACUAUUGAACUUGAGGAGGAAAUGAUAGUGAACUACCCGUAUUUUCUAUCAAAGAUGUAUAAUGACAAGAUACAGGGACAAGACUUUAGCUUUGAAAUAACCGGAGAGGCUGUGACUGAAGGGUAUUUAGCCAUUAAUGGAACUUCUGGAGAGGUCUUCGCGCUUAAACCUAUUGACAGAGAGAAGUACGACUGCUUCCAUGUAAUUUUUGAUGUGUAUGACACAGACACCAAUCAAAAAAUAGACAAGGAGCUGGCAUUUGAUGUGGAAGUAAAAGACAUCAACGACAAUCCACCAAGGUUUAUCCAAUUUCCCCAAACUUUCACAGUAAGUGAAAGCCAAGUGGAAGGAUAUCUGGGUGUGCAAGUGGUUGCUCAAGACAUGGAUGAGAAGAAUACCAAAAACUCUACGUUCAACAUCACUGUGAUUAAGCAGACUCCACCGGAGCCCAAGAUUCAGGCAAAAUGGAUUGAUGAAAGAACUGUUCAUCUUAGCUUCACUGGAUGUUUUGAUUAUGAAAAAGCAAAGGAGUACAACAUUACUCUUGAAGCAAAGGAUCAUGGAACACCUCCACUGUCAAGCACGGAAAUUAUAUCGCUGAAUGUUAGAGACACCAACACACAUAUGCCAGAGUUCAAGAAGAAAGAGGGCUCCAUGAAAAAAGAGGAUUUAUAUCUCAAUGGGACCCUCCAGUUCCAAACUGAAGUACAUGAGAUGAAACUCUACAGGGAUGUCUUCAGAUUUCCAGUAGAGGACAAGGACACUCCCAACACUGAUGGCUGGCGUGCCAAGUUCUUCUUCAUCAGUGGAAAUGAGGAAGGAAUUUUCAAAGUGGAAACUGAUCCAAAAACAAAUGAGGGUAUUUUUAGUAUUGUCAAGGAAAAGAAUUAUGAAAACACCACGAUGAUUGAGUUGAAGAUUGGGGUAGAAAACAUUGAACCAUUUACUAAGUGUGUGAAUGGCAAACUGAUUAAACAGGACGGAAAACUUUAUCGUCCUGACUCAAUCAAUGUCACAAUUACUAUGAUUGAUGGCAAUGACCCACCAGUGUUUCAGCCACCAAAAGCUGAUGUGUAUGAGAAAGAAGAAUCAGAGCCAGGCAGGGUGCUCUUCACCCCAAAGGUUUAUGAUCCAGACUCUUCUUCUUUCAGGUUUGAACUAGUAGACGAUCCAGCUAACUGGGUCUCUAUUGAUGAAAAAACUGGAGAAAUCAAGGGAACUAAGAAGAUGGACAGAGAAUCACCCUUCGUGGAUGCUGACAAUGUUUACAAAAUCAUUAUUGCUGCCAUAGAUGAUGGUAAACCUCCAGCCAAAGGUUUUUGUAAUGUCAGUAUUUACUUGAGGGACAUCAAUGACCACAAGCCACAACUGGUCAACAAUAGCCUCAUUUUGUGUGGAAACAAGAACAACAAAGUGAUGAUACCUGUGCAGGAUUUGGAUGCUGACCCCUAUAAUGGACCAUUUUCUUUCUAUUUUGAUGAUGAGGAAGACGAGAAGCAUUGGACACUAGAACCUGCUUAUGGUCAGCAAGGUGGCCUUGUCAGCCUGAAGCCACUCCCCUAUGGAAAAUAUUCUAUACCACUGCGGAUGCAAGACCAACAGAACAAUGAGGGACAUGAGACACUGGAAGUGGUUGUGUGCGACUGUGAGGAGAAGAAUACAUGUAAUGUAAAAAAGGCACUUUCUUUUUCAUCCUGGAUGUCCCCUGCCUUUGCCCACAAGUGGCCGGACAGGCUCUGGCAGACCCGUGACUCUGGAAGGGACAAAACGGCUUAGAAGAUGAAUGAAUGAAUGAAUGAAUAUUUUUUAGAAUGUACAUUUUAGAAAAUGAGACAAAAAUAUAUGAAUGAGGCGACUAAACCACCUUUUUAUUGAUGUGAGGAUUGAGUGCUUUUUUUGUUUUUUGUUUUAUAAUAUUCUGUUUUCCUUGUCAGUAUUACCAGGUUAUGGUUGAUUCUCCAUAGUUGUCUUCAUUUAGUUAAUGACCUUCAGUGUAUUCAAAUGUAUGGUGUUCAGGUCUUCAUUGUCAGCUUAUCUAUGUUGUCACUGUUUUUCUAUGUUUUUUUUUUGUUUGAUUGUAUCUCUCUCUCUCUCUCUUUCUCUUUCUCUCUCUGUCUCUCUCUUUCUCUCUCCCCAUUAGUUUUUUCAAGGUUAUUUAUUAAAUGUCAAA